AGCUGUGUAGGGGAGAUGUCGGCUGUGUACAAAGACGACCAGGAUGACUGGAUGACAGUCUGCCUCAAGUACCUCCUCUUCGUCUUCAACGUCCUCUUCUGGGUGAGCAGCACUAGCAAGGUACCCUGGAUCUGUUUGUGCUGCAUUAGCCAACAACCAUGGGAGUUGGCCAUAGGAGAUGGCCAUAGGAGUUGGCUAUACAGCACAAACAGAUCUGGGAUCAGGCUAUAGCAAAUUAGCAAGCCCUCCUGUUUGUCUUCAACUUUCUCUAAUGGGUGAGUAGCAAGCUAGCCUGGUAAGCUAGCCCGGUAAGCUAGCCCGGUAAGCUAGCCCGGUAAGCUAGCCCGGUCUCAGAUAUUUUUGUGUUGUACUGCCAAAGACCAAGUGAGUUGGCUUUACAGCACAAAACAGAUCUGGGAAAAGGCUGUAUUACAGUUUUUCUCGAUUGCUAAGACACAUUUCUUGAAAGCUGCUCUCCUUUUCUCUUAACUGUGAACACAAAACCCAAUUUUCAAGCUACAUUCACAAAACCUCAGACUCUUCUUGCAAAACCAAACUUUCACCUCAAAACAGUUCAAUCUGUGCUCAAAACUGAACUAUGUUGUCAAAUCGUGCCCCGAGUCAAUCAAAAUAAAAAACACUACUGAACAGUCACUAAACACUACGUAGAAAAAUAGAAAACACAAUGCUCAGGACAUGAAGCUGGAGAAAUAAAUGUUUAUUGUUCACUGUAGGCUAAAUGCAUGUUGCAAAACAAAAAAAAACUGUGCAUUUAGCACUUGUACAAAAAGACAAAACAGAAAUAUUGUGCAUUUACAUGUAGCACUUGUAAAAACAAACAGAAAUCUUAUGCGUUUGCCACUUGUGUACAGUAAGCCCAUGUAAAAAUAAAGUACAAAAAUAUACAAAUAAGUGCAUUACUCAGCCACAGCAUCAUGUCUCCGUACUGGGUCAGGCCACAGGACUUCAUCCACAUCACAGGCCACAUUUUGUCUGGCCAGGCAACGGGGGAAAAAACCCCUGGCAUGCCGUAUCCAGGCUUGGCAUGCCUCCACACCUAUGUCACCACAGGCAAGUCCCAUGGCUUGCAGGAGAUUUACCCUGGUGUAAGGUUGGCGUUCAUAUACCUUCCACCGCCAUGAGGAGAAGAAUUCCUCAAUGGGGUUUAGGAAAGGGGAGUACGGUGGAAGGCAAAGAUUGAUAAAACUCUGUGAAAACUCACAUUGUCCCAAACAACAACAUAGAUGGGAUGCUCAUCCUGCUGCCCUAACAAAGCAUCUCGCAUGUGAUUGAGGAAAAUGAGGAGCUGGUGAGUGUUGUAGGGCCCCAGGUUGGCAUGAUGGUGGACAACCCCAUGAUUGCUGAUGGCAGCACAUAAUGUGACAUUGCCACCACGCUGCCCAUGAACACCAACAAUGGCCCGAUGGCCAAUCACAUUACGGCCUCUCCUUCUCCUUUUGGUGAGAUUAAACCCAGCUUCAUCCAUGUAGAUGUAUUGAUGGGGUCUUUCCAUUGCAUCCAGUUGAAAAACCCUCUGUAGAAAUAGAUAUAGUUUUGUAAGUGAUACGGAAAAAGUGAUUUAGGCCACUACAGUAAAUCACUACUUAGAGCAAUCAACAUUGAAUGUGUCUGGAUAUAUGCCAACCUGUACAUACUGGAAUCUUUGCUCUUUGACUCUGUCUGAGUUGCGAUCAAAGGGCACUCUGUAUAGCUGUUUCAUGCGCAGUCUGUUGCGCUUGAGGACACGAUCAACAGUAGAGAGGCUGACACUGUUGAUACCCUCAAAAUGUAAAUGGUCCUCAAUGACCUUCUGCUGAAUUUCGCUCAGUUUAAUGGCAUUUUUCUUACGGACCAUAUCAACAAUUAGGGUCUCUUGGUGUGGGGAGAACAUACCUGUCCUCCCACCCCCAUGUGGCAGUCUUUCAAUUCUACAAAAAGAGAACAUGGAGUUACAAAAAAUAUACAUGGAAUACUAGGCCUACAAACAGUUAGACCAACCCUCCAUUACAAUACUACAGUACAUUGGUACAGUGAUGUACUGAAACAUAUAUUCACUUACAGUAUACUGUGGUACAGUAUAUAGUAUGUCAUACAGUAAUUGCUGUCAACAUUUACAUACUGUACUAUAAUGUCAAAAAAAGGUAAUUACCUGUUCUCUUCUCUAAAUCUUCGGAUUAUGGUGGACACAGUGAAUCUACUGAUGUUUGGUUGUACCCUUUGUCCAGCCUCCCUCAUGCUCAUACCAUGGACAAGAACAUGGUCAAUCACAGUAGCUCUGAUUUCAUCAGAUAUUACUGUUCUUUGUCUUCGCUGACCACCUCGACCACCUCGACCUCCUCUCACACGAACUCUUCCUCUCAGAUUUCUAUCCAUUGUAGGGCCUCACAAACCAGUGCUCUCUGAACUGGCUUACUGUAUAUGUUCCCUCACAUCAUUAGCCACAAGUGUGAUCAAUUUUGAGUUGUUGUGUUCAAGUGGUGAUACCUGUGCUCUAAUUGUGUUUGACUUUUGUCACAUGUGCUCACCAUUAUGCAGCACGGGUGCAUCACAAUGAAAAUGUGUUGGCAAGUUGUGUCUAAACAGGUGAAAAGUGCUUAUGGUUUUGCCAAAAGAGUGAUUGAUUCAAUCAGUGGGUUCAGGCAACUGAGCAUUUGGUUCAGACAAUAGGGUUUAGUGUUUUAGCAAUUGAGAAAAACUGUAAACCUCUAGUACACAGAAACAAGACUUUUCUUCCAGUGACAGGUUCAUAGUUUAUUUAUUAAAGAGGGGACUCAGAGAGAGAGUGAAUUGGGUUAACGUCCACAAAGGCAUGCAUAAGGAAGAAUGAUAUUUGACAGGUUUUACAUCAAAGGAAGCUAGUUAGACUUCUUGUGUGGCUUCUUAUGUUGCUCUUUCUUAGGCUAAAGAGAGAGGAAGAGAGAGAGAGAGAGAGAGAGAGAGAGAGAGAGAGAGAGAGAGAGAGAGAGAGAGAGAGAGAGAGAGAGAGAGAGAGAGAGAGAGAGAGAGAGAGAGAGAGAGAGAGAGAGAGAGAGAGAGAGAGAGAGAGAGAGAGAGAGAGAGAGAGAGAGUUACCAUGAGGAAAGAGAGGGAAAGGGGAGAGAAAGGGAGAGAGAGAGAAACUAUUUAACUAUUUGCACAUCGUUACAAUACUGUAUAUAGACAUGAUAUGACAUUUGAAAUGUCUUUAUUCUUUUGGAACUUGUGUGAGUGUAAUAUUUACUGUUCACUUUUUAUUGUUCAUUUCACUUUUGUUUAUCCAUUUCACUUGCUUUGGCAAUGUAAACAUAUGUUUCCCAUGCCAAUAAAGUCCCUUGAAUUGAAUUGAGAGAGAGAAAGAGAGAGAGAAAGAGAGAGAGAGAGUUACAGAGAGAGGAUAGAGGGAGAGAAAAAACAGUGGGGGAUUACAUUUAGGAGCGCUAAGAAAUGGACUUGGCCCAGUGUACUCUAAUAUUUAUGGCCUGUCGGUGUUGGACCGAGGUGCUGUGGAUCAAACCUGGUCCCUGGCAGCCUGUGUAUGUUUAAUGUUUAAUAAUACAGUUAGCUAUUAAAGCUAUAUGCUGCUGGGCCCUUAGGCCUGAAAACAGUGUCUGCAGAGUAAGGGAUCAGAUUCAAACAAGUUCUGAAGAGCUGGGGAGCUGUGGAUGGGUGGGGAGAGAGAGACACAUGGAGAGAGACAGAGAGGGAGGUAGGGCUCUAUCGCUCUCUCUCUCUUCAACUUUCCACUGUCAUGCUCCCUCAACUAGACUGGCGCCUCCCAGUGCCCAUGCUGUAAAAUGAGAAAAAAUGCUGUAACUUGGCUGCAAGACAGAGUGGACAAAUAUAGCAUGUGUGACAGACAGGGUUCGAACAUGAGUCUCCUGUGUAGCACAUGACUGUGUUAGCCCACUGAGCUAGAGCCUAGGCACCAGGCCACCACAUGUAUUUAUUUGUUAUUGUGGAAAGUUAACAAAAGUGAAAAAGAUUUAAAACAAAGACGUGAUCCCCAAAGGACCAGGUCAUUGUUAUUCACUGAGAGUUUCCUUUCUUCCGCCUCUGAUUUGACACUUCAAGUAGUCUCUUUUAUAUCUCUCGUUUUACAUUUCACACUAACCCAAAGGCUUCCCUUCAAACCCCACAGUGCAUAAUAGUAAUACCUCCCACUUUACCCAAUGGCCACAGCCCCAGCCUGCCCGUUUCUCUAGAUUGUAACUCUGCACCCAAAGAUACUCCAUACUAAUACUCCAGAGUUGCCCAUUCCUUUAAUCUAUCACGUUUUCCCCUGGCAUGGUGUUUUAGCACUACAAAUGUAGGACCUGAAUUUGGGGCAGUUUGCUACAGCAGGAAAAUAAUCCUGCAGCAAUAGGAAAUGUGAAUUAUUAUGAGAAUUAUAAUUAAUGGACAUUUUUCAUAAGGGAAAAUCAAGUCUGACAUUUCAAAGUGGAAAUUAUAAAUGUCAGAAGCCUUUUUAGACCUCAAAUAUGCUACAAGUUUUACAUUUCCUGCAUUGCAGGAAAGUUGUGCAACAGGGUGAUCAAAUUAAGAUCCUACAUCUGUAGCAGCAGUGUUUGUUGUUUGGGAGUAGGGGCUUGGCGUAUAGAGGAGGAGGAAAGGGAUCGGAGGCUGAAUAGGAGAGACUCUCCCAGGGAUUUCCUGCAUGUCCGGGUGUGACAUAGAUGACAGAGAUGGGGAAAACAGAUUAAGGGCAUUGCCACGUCACCCCACUGAUGUGGCCACCACUGUUUAUGGAAACAAAUCACUCCACUCCGACUCUGUUUGGCUCGCUCUCCUUUUUUGUCACUCCGCUCUCUUCCUUCCUUUCUCUCGCUCUCUCUUUCUCUUCCUUUCUCUCUCUCACUGUUUUUGUGUAUAUCCCCUUCCUCUCUGACUCACUUUAUUGACACAGCGUUCUCUCUCUCUGUCGUGCUCCUCUUUGUCUUUCUAUCACUCUUUCCCCUUCUCUUUGUUUUUCUAUCUAUCUUUCCCCCUCUCUUUGUCUUUCUAUCUCUCUUUCCCCCUCUCUUUGUCUUUCUAUCUCUCUUUCCCCCUCUCUUUGUCUUUCUAUCUCUCGUUCCCCCUCUCUUUGUCUUUCUAUCUCUCUUUUCCCCUCUCUUUGUCUUUAUUUAUCUCUCCUUUCCCUCUCUGACUCACUCUCCCCCCUCACACCCCUCCUGUCACCUCUCCCACUCUCUCUCCGUCUCAAUUCAGUUCAAUUAAAUUAAAUUAAAUUCAAUUCAAUUCAAUGCAAUUCAAUUGGCUUUAUUGGCAUGAAACAUUUAGUGCCAAAGCAAACAUAUGGGAACACAUGACAUCAACCUGUCUCUCUCCUCAGGUUGGUGGAGCGGCGGUGAUGGGCGUGGGCAUUUGGACCUUGAUAGACAAGAGUGACUACCUGAGCCUGCUGGCCUCCAGCACCUUCGCCGUGUCCGCCUACAUCCUCAUCCUGGCCGGGGCCCUGGUCAUGGUCACGGGCUUCCUGGGCUGCUGCGCCGUCAUCAGGGAGCAGAGGAGCUGCCUGUCCACGGUGAGGAAGCCCUCCCUGGGCAGGGUGACUACUCUAGGCCCCAGGCUUUCUGGAAGGCCCCUGGGUCUUCUGAAUGUUUAUGUUGAUUAAAGGGAUAGUUUGCACACAUUACAACAUUAGUUAGACGCAUUAUAUUGAAUGUAGUGUACGGCUCAUAGAUAACUUUCAGGGUAAGACACUAACUAACACUGUAGUUUGGGUGAGAUAUCUCUUUAAUGGCAGUGUUGGUGUUUGCAUUAGAAAUGGGCUGGUUAUAUACUGUAGCUACAGGUGACUGGUAAAACGAGAGCACACCAUGAAACAAGAAUGAGAAUGGAACUAUCUGCACUCUGUACUCUCUAAGAGAAUGUUCAUUUAUAACAUCAGUUUAUUCCAAUUCAAAUUCACCUUGGUUGCACUCAGCACUUUUGGGUACAUUGUAUGUUUUCCCUUAACCCAGAUACCUGUUUCCUUUGAAACGUCCCUGGCCCUGCCGCUCCUUCCCUGCACCCCUGCUCUCACGUCCCCACUUGUGACUUUCUCUUUUGUGCGUGUGUGUGCGUCUGUGUGUGCGUGCGUCUGUCUGUGUAUGUGUGUAUGCUGGGAGCUGACAAAUGAGCUGACAAGCCCCAUACUGUCCUCAUUCUUUUAAAGAGACAAGCCAGGCCGGAGGUGAGCCACUAACUCUAUUUAUAGUCAGGCAUUAGUAGUGAUACAUGAACCUGAUGGAGGGGGGAGAGGGGUGGUUUGGGUGGGUGGAGGGUGUGUUUUUGUUGUGGGGUUAGGGUGAGCGUGUGUGUGUGUGUUUAAAGGGGAGGGUUGUGUGCGGGGGAUGAGUGAAGAGUUGGUUUUCGUCAGAUCACUAUGGGGUGGGGGGGGUUGUAGGUGGGAAAGAGAGAUGUGUGUGUGUGUGUGUGUGUUUGUGUGUCUGUCGUGGUAGAAUAAAAUAUAAUACAAUGUUAAUGCCAAUCAACAAUGGCUGUUAAGAAUAAUCUUUAGUGUGGUGUGUAAUAAUACACCUCCCACCAUCCUCCAUCUGCCAUAACCCAAUAUUCUGGCAUUACCACACAAACACACUGUGAUGAUGUGGUGUGUGUGUGCUUGUGCAUGUGCCUAUGCGGGUGCACGUGUGUGUAUAGCCUGUUAGUGGGCAAGGUAAAGAUGGAAUGGCUGCUUUAACUCUGUUAUAGACUAUGCUGUCCUAAAUUAUGGCUCCCCUGCAGCUGUGUGUGUGUGUGUGUGUGUGUGUGUGUGUGUUUGUGUGUGUGUGAUAAACAAUGGUUUUGGCAUAGCUUUGUUUUUCCUCACCUCCACACAUCAGAUCAGCGGCAGGCUGGGAAUGAGCAUCUGUCUCCCGGUAAUGGCCUUGAGCGCCACGCUGCACACCAAACACUUUGUGUCCCGCCUCUCCGACAGGUGUGCCUAAUUUGCCCCUGUGUGUGUGUGGGAGUGUGUGUUUGUUGCUUCAUUUAGAGUUCAAUGUGUCAAAUCGGAGGGCCUGUUGUCUGGACCUCUGGCAGUCUCUAUGAGGGUGCCACAGGGUUCAAUUCUCGGGCCGACUCUAUUCUCUGUGUAUAUCAAUGAUGUCGCUCUUGCUGCUGGUGACUCUCAGAUCCACCUCUACGCAGACGACACCAUUUUGUAUACAUCUGGCCCUUCAUUGGACACUGUGUUAACAAACCUCCAAACGAGCUUCAAUGCCAUACAGCACUCCUUCCGUGGCCUCCAACUGCUCUUAAACGCCAGUAAAACUAAAUGCAUGCUCUUCAAUCGAAUGCUGCUUGCACCCGCCUGCCCGACUAGAAUCACUACUCUCGGCGGGUCUGACUUAGAAUAUGUGGACAACUACAAAUACCUAGGUGUCUGGUUAGACCGUAAACUCUCCUUCCAGACUCACAUUAAGCAGCUCCAAUCCAAAGUUAACUCUAGAAUCGGCUUCCUAUUUCACAACAAAGCUUCCUUCACUCAUGCUGCUAAACAUGACCUCGUAAAACGGACUAUCCUACCGAUCCUUGACUUUGGCGAUGUCAUUUACAAAAUAGCCUCCAACACUCUACUCAGCAAAUUGGAUGGAGUCUAUCACUACUAUACUACCCACCAUUGUGACCUGUACGCUCUCGUUGCCAAACCCACUGGCUCCAGGUCAUCUAUAAAUCACUUCUAGGCAAAUCCCUGCCUUAUCUUAGCUCAUUGGUCACCAUAGCAACACCCACCCGUAGUAUGCGUUCCAGCAGGUAUAUCUCACUGGUCAUCCCCAAAGCCAACACCUCCUUUGGUCGCCAUUCCUUCCAGUUCUCUGCUGCAAAUGACUGGAACGAACUGCAAAAAUCUCUGAAGCUGGAGACACUUAUCUCCCUCACUAUCUUUAAGCAUCAGUUGUCAGAGCACCUUACCGAUCACUGCACCUGUACACAGGUGUAAUUAGCCCAUCCAACUACCUCAUCCCCAUAUUGUUAUUUACAUUGUUAUUUAUUUUGCUCAUUUGCACCCCAGUAUCUCUAUUUGCACAUCAUCUUCUGCACAUCUAUCACUCCAGUGUUAAUACUAAAUUAUAAUUGUAAUUAUUUUUCACUAUGGCCUAUUUAUUGCCUUACCUCCAUAACUUACUACAUUUGCACACACUGUAUAUAGAUUUUCUAUUGUGUUAUUGACUGUAUGUUUUGUUUAUUCCAUAUGUAACUCUGUGUUGUUGUUGUUUUUACCACACUGCUCUGCUUUAUCUUGGCCAGGUCGCAGUUGUAAAUGAGAACUUGUUCUCAACUGGCUUACCUGGUUAAAUAAAGGUUAAAUAAAUAAAAAAAAAUUUUUAGUUUUUGUUUGAUUAAUUGUGUGUGUGAGUGUGUUUUGUGUGUGUGUGUGUGUGUGUGUGUGUGUUUGUUUGUGUGUGUGUGUGUGUGUGCGUGUGUGUGUAUAGCUCUCCAAAAAGCUCAACCACCAGUCUUGUUAGUCCAUUCUUGCUGUGUGUGUGUGUGCUGUGUGUGUGUGUGUGUGUGUGUGUGUGUGUGUGUGUAGGCGAAACAUACUCACCAUUUACAUACUCUGCUGUUAAAUCCAAACAGUGUUAUAUCACAAUGAUACAGGAGAUAAUGGUUGGUUGGAACCGCCUACCCCCCAGCCACCCCCAUUUCUCAUUGAUAUAAAUACAGAUAUCUUCCCAGACUAAUGAGCUAAUAAGGUGCUAUUUAGUCCACUGAGACUUGUGUGUUAUUUUAAGCCUCUCUCCUUCUCCAGUAGCAUACUAAUGAUGGUUUUGUUUUACCAAAGUGUUUUUCUAUUAAUGUUGUAUUCUGUGGUAACGAUUUCUAUGAAACACCCACAGUAGAUUCGUUUAUAGCACCUUAGUUAUAUCACCCCGUAGCAUAGAUUUUAUAAGCAUUGCUAUAAGCAUCCAUAACAGCUCAUAGCUCCUUUUAGAAAUUUGUUGGGUGGAUUUUGGAUGCAUUAUAACACUUGAUUAAUUCAUAAUGGCUGAUGAUCCAUAGGAGUGAAUAUACAUUUAUGUAUGCCUCCAGUGCAUCAAUUAGAACUCAUUAUUGAAAGGCAGUUUACAUCCCAUUUAUUAUGAUUCAUUUUCCAGAAGAGACUCAAAGAAAGUCUUACCUGUAUUUUGUCUCCAAUGAAGCCUGGAUUUCACGUCCAUAUCAACAUAAUCAUACAGUAGCUAAUCUCUGGAUCAAAGCUUUAUGAUCCUGUCAAUAUUGCUGUUGGAGGUGUUGCAGGGUUUGUUACUGAGUACUGGUUUGGAGAUGUUGCAGUUUUCUUUUACUGAGUACUGGUUUGGAGGUGUUGCAGGGUUUUUUACUGAAUACUGGUUUGGAGGUGUUGCAGGUUUUUUUUACUGAGUACUGGUUUGGAGGUGUUGCAGGGUUUGUGGUGUUCUGUUCAUUGUUGUUCCCUCAGGAUCUAGAGAGGUGUUUUAUGUCUCUCUUAGUUCUCAGUACAUUUAGCUGUCAACAGCAUGUCUGGGGCAGAAAUCAAAACCUCUCUCUCUCUUUCUCAAAUAUGAAAGGUAUCCCCCUCCCUCUACAUUCUGUUCUCCUCCCUAUCCCCCUCUCUUUUUCUGCUAGGACAAAUAUGACAGUCAUCUCACACCCCUCAUUCAUUUCCCCUCAUUCAUUUGCCCUCAUUCAUUUCACCUCAUUCAUUUCCCCUCAUUCAUUUGCCCUUAUUCUGCACACUGUCACAUUGCUCUCUAUUCCUCUGUUCUUUUUUCUUUCUCUCUGUCAGCUUUGGGAAUGCGGGUGCGUGACAAUACGAAGACACUUGAUGGAACGCUUUAUAUCUGCAUUGUCACAAUAACUGAGUGUCUUUUGGUAGGAGUCUAAGAGUGAGUGUUCGGAAAGAUCUUAAGUGUGACUGUUCUAAACAGAGACAUGCAAUUAAUGCAGGCAUUUUGUCUUAUAAACAAGAGGAAGUUUUUGCCUGUAAUUGGUUUGAACUGAAAAUGUGUUAAGACGGAUUUAUUAAUAUUCUAUCUACUCUCUCUCUCUCUCUCUCUCUCUCUCUUCCCUAUUAUAUCUAUCUCUCUCUCCUCUCGAUUUGCUCCUUUUUUUCUUUAUCUAUCUUCUCUCUCCCCUCUCUCUCUCCCCCCCUUCUCUCUCUCUCUCUCUCUCUCUCGCUCUCCCCUUCUCUCUCCCCCCCUUCUCUCUCUCCAGUAUUUCUGCUGUCUGUUGCUGAUCUUUCUCAUAGAGCUGGUGGCAGGAGUCCUGGCCUAUGUGUAUUACCAGAGGGUGAGUGACUACUUCUCCACCUUCAUCUUUCAUCCUCUUGUGUAUCCUUCCUCCCUCUUCCUCCCUCCCCUCCCUCCCCCUCGUAUUUAUUUUAUUUUAAAAUACUUUGAUCUAUUCUUUGAGCCUGGAGUGCAGUUCCUUGGUUCCAUUGCGCUAGUCAAGCUCAGUCAAGCACAGCUAAUGUGUUUAAAAUAAAAUAAGUACUUAUUGAACCCAGGUCUGUUUUCUAUACAUAACCCUUCCUCCCUUUCCUCUCCAUUGCAUUUGAGUAGUCGCUUGUGUGUGUGUGUGUGCACGCGUUCCAUAUGCUUGCCUGUUGUGUGUGUGAUACCUGUGUAAAGGCCCUGAUCUCCAGACAGACCUCAACCCUGAGCCCUGAGAUCAUCCUAAUCUCACACACAUCUGUCUCAUUCAGUAUAAUCAGAAAUGAAUGGUAGACUCAAUAUCCUGGUGAGGGGAGAUCUUAUUCACUUUCAAGUGAAUGGAGUUGAGUUGAGGUUCAGAUAAAUGUAAAGAUAAGCUCUGACACAAGCAAGACAACCCCACUUCACUCUCCUCUAUCACUCUAACUGAGGUGUUCUCUCUCCUCUCUCUCUCUCUCUCUCUCUCUCUCUCUCUCUCUCUCUCUCUCUCUCUCUCUCUCUACUCUCUCUCUCAUUCUCUUCUCUCGCUCGCUCUCUCUCUUUCUCCCUUCUCUCUUCCUCCCCUAGCUCAGUGAGGAGCUGAAGCAGCACCUGAAUCAGACCAUGACAGAGAACUACGCCCAGCCAGGGAAAGAGGCCAUCACCCUGGCCGUGGACAGACUACAGCAGGAUGUAAGGACGCCAUCUCCCAUGAGCCUUAGUUUUUCUUGAAGGGACAGGAGCACCAGUGGUAAAGCUGGUUUACAUGAGUUAUGGUAGCUAGUUGCUACACUCAACCGAUAAAGCCGCCGUAGUACAUGCAUGCACACACGCACACACACUAUCAUCCCUGUUCACCUCGAAGCAUGUGAGGUUCAAUGUUAAUCAUAUGCAAGGUCACGUCCACUAUAGGGCUACAGUAUGAUGCAAGAUGACUUGGUUUACAGAAAAAUGUCUGUAAUGUGAUGUGUUUUUUCUGCCUAGUCAAUAUUUUGUUGAUUGAUUUUAAAUAAAUGUGAUGGUUUUCAGACAACCACUAAGUGUAGCUUAUGGUAAACACAAUUCCACUCUUCUUCUUCCAUUGGCCAGUUCAAGUGCUGUGGCAGCAACAACUCGUUUGAUUGGCUGCACAGUGUGUAUGUGACCUCGGCUGAGUCGGAGCGCAGGGUAGUCCCGGACAGCUGCUGUAAGACCAUCACCACCCUCUGUGGCUGCAGAGACCACCCGUCCAACAUCUACAAGACUGAGGUGGGUGUGACCAUUGGAAAAUCGUCAUUCUAUUCAACAGUAAAUAUGUGCUGAAUGGGUUACAAUGGACUUUAGGGUGUCGCAACUGGACAUUUUCACAGUAAAAAUGUGUUAUGUUGUCAUUCUAUUCCAUAGCAAUGAGAGCAGAGCCCAGCACUGUCAGUGGACUGGAACAGUUAAUAAUUAUUUCAGAUUUAAACAUUUGUUCAUAUCUAAUGGAUCAAUACAAUUCAAGUUGGAUCCUAAAAUAUUCCUUAAAAGAAUCUUUCAAAAAUAUAAAUGGAUCUCGACAUAGAACACUUGAUCAAUAUUUCAGGACCGAAAGGUUGUAUUGGGCUAUGCAUCAUAUGAUUCCUAAUGUCUGAAAUGGGGUCAGGAAGUUGAUAUGUCCCUCAGAGCUCCACUACCUCCAUACGUAUUCUGUCUAUGAAACUAAAACAGUCCAACACUCUGGUUUGGAAAGUCACUUUUGCCAACCACUUUUCUCUAUUUGACAGGCUUUCUUAUCAGUAACGGCUGAUAGCAUAAGCGCUCGGAGAAAUUAAUAAAAUAUUUGAGAUGCUUCUUUCGCUUUUAUCUGUGACAAACAGGAGAAGUCUGUGCUCAUUUCUCUCUUUCACACACACGCACACACACGCACACACACACACGUCACGCUCCUUGGUUCCCGCUCUUAUCACUCCACUUGUCAGUGUCACUCCAGUUUAGAGGAGGGAAACUUGAGAAAAUCUCUUUAUAAUGAAACAAAGUUUAUAUGGGUGGAACUGAAAUAUUUACUGUGCAUUUAGGAAGUCAGCUACGGUUGACAGCUCCCCACACACUCAGAAAACACUUGGGUUCAAAAUGUGCUCGUCAAUGUGUUUUCACUUGUCUGGGAAGCUGAGAUGUUUUUGAAAUGUCCUCAGAACUGUGACUCACAACAUGGCUUGAAACAACCCACUCAGUCAAAGCUCUUUGGUAAAACAGUAUGACACCGGAUGUACGGAGGUGACUGUACAUGGAUGUUUACAUGCACUCCAUCCAUCCAUGACUCCUCAAUGCCCCCUCUACCCACAUCUGAGUGACUGUGUGUGUGUGUGUGGUCAGAGAAGGAGCCUCCUAAUGCAUCCCACUGUUCUCUCCACUCCUCUCAGGCUGCCCAAGGCCUUUAUCUUACUGUAGUUUGUUCUCUGCAGUGUAACUCUAUACCACACACACACACACACACACACACACACACACACACACACACACACAUUCACCAAAGAUGCUCUUUGUUCUGCUGCAGCAAUGUGGAGACGGGCCAUAGACAGAGCCAGAGAGGGUAGGGUUGAUAAGUAUACUCUAGUAAAUGAAGAGCAUAGUCCAAUUCCAAUUCUCCUUGUUCACACCCCCUCAAGGACUUGGAUUGAUGUAAAUAUGAUAGACACUGACUACACCAAUCAGGUGUGUCUGUGUAUGUAUGUGUGUGUUUGUGCGUGUGUGCGUGCGUGAGUAUGCAUCAUACAUGUGUGGGCUCGUGUGUGUGUGUGAAGUGAUUUGACCCCUGACCUGUAACCUCUGCCCCACAGGGUGGCUGCAUCACCAAGCUGGAGCAGUUCCUGGCUGACCACCUGCUGAUCAUUGGAGCUGUGGGGAUAGGAGUGGCCUGUCUACAGGUAGGUCCCCCAACACUGACCAGUGGCUUUAUUAACAGGAAAUGA